UUAAAUAGAAGUGAUAGUGAUAGUUCUAUGCCUAAAUACAAGAAAGGACCAUUCCAUCGUAAUGCUCUAGAAAGGAGAAGUUUAAGAUGGAAAAAGGUAAGAACAACUGGUCCACCGUCUAGCGCCCUUCCCAUGAGAACUUCCCUGGAUCUAGAAUUAGACUUACAAGCUAACCAUACCAAACUGGAUCAUCUUAAAGAUGAAAUUGCUCGACUUAAAGACAUCAAUAAACGUUUAUCUGAUGCUAAAACCAAAGGUGAAACAGAGCUGCCACAAUGGAUGAAUGAUGAUCAGAGUUUCCAGAACUUACUUUCAGAGGCUGAGAAAUUGAGAAAUGAAAUGAAAGCCAAUUCAUCAAAACAAGAUCGUCGAGCAGAACAGUUGUUAAAACGAGCGACGAGAGAUGUUCAACGAAUGAGAAAAAACAGUCCAGCAUCUAAUGUUAUUUCAUUUAAAGAAAAAAUGGCAUUCAUUACAUCAGCUAAAACAACAGUUCCGGUUUUACCUGGAACCAUCAUGACAGAAAUACCAAAAGAUAGAGAGAGACUGGAGGAAUUUCUAAGAGAUGAUAGGAUUGGUGAAGAAGUAUGA